CGUUCCUUCAGCGAGCUUCCUUUUCUGCUCGGAACUAAACCGAAGCUGGGAAUAGAAAUUAGGGCCGAUUUCACGAUAGGGUUUGGCCAUGGCGGCGGUCGGAAGCAGGAACAAGGACGUCGAUCGGAUCAAGGGGCCUUGGAGCCCAGAGGAGGACGAGGCGUUGCAGAACCUGGUCCAGCGCCAUGGUGCCCGGAACUGGUCGUUGAUAAGCAAGUCGAUCUCCGGGCGGUCGGGGAAGUCGUGCCGCCUCCGGUGGUGCAACCAGCUGUCGCCACAGGUGGAGCACCGCCCCUUCUCGGCGGAGGAGGAUGAGACCAUCAUCCGCGCCCACCUCCGCUUCGGCAACAAGUGGGCUACCAUCGCGCGCCUCCUCACAGGGCGGACCGACAACGCCGUGAAGAACCACUGGAACUCCACCCUCAAACGCCGGUGCUUCGCCUCCGCCGAGGAGGCGAAUGACGUGGCGGCGGUGCGGCCGCUGAAGCGGACGAGAAGCGACGGGCCCACGUUGUCGACGAGCGGAGCUGCGGCAGGCCUCUGUCUGAGCCCUGGAAGCCCGUCUGGAUCCGAUCUCAGCGACUCCAGCCACCAUAGCCUUCCGAUGAUCUCUCCAGUAUCCGCCGCCUCGCCCAUUUACCGGCCAGUGCCUAGAACUGGAGGCGUGGUCCUACCGUCCUCAUCCUGUACUCCAACCCACCAUCCCCAAACCGAUUCCUCCGCCGCAGCCACGACCACCGCUCCGAAGGAGAAAGAAGAUCCGGUUACCUCUCUCUCGCUCUCCCUCCCGGGGGCAGACCUAAUAAAGAUCUCCGCCCACCGCCACAGCGCCGACAAGGAGGCGGCACCGCAGGAGCAAUCGCCAUCUGCUCCCACGAGGAGCGCGGACGCCACUACGUCGAUGCAUCGGCAGGCGCCGGUUCUCUUCGGCCCGGAGUUCCUAGCGGUGAUGCAGGAGAUGAUCCGGCAGGAGGUGAGGAGCUACAUGUCGAGCUUGGAGCGCGGCGGCAUGUCCACCUGCACUUUGUCCCCGCUGCCAUCGGAGAGUGUUAGAAACGUCGCGAUCAAGAGGAUCGGCGUCGCAAAAAUCGAGUAGAUAAUCAAUCGAUUAGGAGAGAAGAGAACAACCUCUUCUCUGAAGAAGGGGAAAAAUUUUAGUUAAAUUUUCUAUUUUCUAAUCAUUACAUAUUAAUUUUGCAAGGGAAUAAACUUACUUCUAUGUGCAGUUGGAAGCUA